UUUUAUGGCUCCGUGCACUGUAUCAGAAAACCAACCAGAAAACAUAUAACACUGGCACUAGUUACAGAAUCACAGAACAGCCAACGUGCAGAUAACGAGAACGACAAAAUGACAGACGUUGUUUUGUCACGGAGUCAUUUCUCUUUUUGAGGAGGUUAUGUAGAGAUAAUUUAAAUUGGUUUUUGAAAUACAUUCUUUGUUAAACAUUAUAAAAGACCGGUAGAAGCCUCUGAACUCAGUAUGGCAGCAAUAAAUCAGAAAGAGUACCUAAAAAAAUAUUUAGGUAUCGGCAAAAGUGAAAAGAAGAAAAAGAAAAAGCCAAAAAUAUACGGGGACAGGUAAACAAUUGCCAAAAAUUCUCUACUUUGUAUUGUAUUUAUAGUUUUCUUUUCCAGAUUGAAGAUAGUGGAUGACAAUAUUGAUGUCUCACUAUCACAAGAAAUCCAAGAAGAUAUUGAUGCAGGCAAUGAGGAUGCCCCUCUCAUUGUAUCCGUUAUAGAUGAUACAAAAGGUACUAUGUGGCAACCCAUUGGAUCUACUGCCUCAACAGGAACAGGAAAUUCUCAACUAAUAGUAGAUACUUUCAAAUUAAAUAAAUCUGCAAAUGAAACUAGUCUGGCAAAAAGUGUUAAACACAAGGCAGAUCUAGAUGUGAGAAAGAAAUGUCCUUCACCUGAUGUCUCUCCUCCUAGAAGACGUGACAUGACUCCUCCUCUUAGGGUUAAACAAGAAAGGAUAUCUCCAGACACUUCUCCACCAAGAAACAGGAUAGUGAUGACAUAUCUCCUCCUAGGAAAAGAAAUGUCAGAUAUAGUGAUAUGUCGCUUCCUACAAAGAGGAACAUUAAAGAGAAUCAAGAUGUUUCACCUCCAAGGAGGAAGUACAAUAGAGCUAGUGAUGUUGAUAGCUCACCUCCUAGCAAAACUACAGUAAAAAGGGAGCACAGUCAUAUGCCAAGUACAAGUCGAGUUUCUAAUGACAUUUCACCUCCAAGAAGAAAGAGGAAUGAUGUUUCACUAUCAAGAAGGGAAGACAGAGGUCAUUCUCUGAAAAGCAAAAGUAGAUGGGAUAAUGAAAGGAGUAGCUCCUCAAAACUUUCUUCACCUGAUAGUUAUAGCACAUCUAAGGAUAGAAGUUCAAUUAAGGAUAAAGAUAUAUCUCCUUUGAGAAAAAGGACACAUAGGGAUAAGGAUAGAGAAAGAGAUGUUUCACCAGCAAGAAGGAAGCAUAGAGAUAGUGGUGAAACUAGAAGGAGAAGUACAGAAAAAAUGGAGAGAACAAUGAGUGGUAAAAAAGCAGGGUUACAGAGUGCCAAAAACUUAGUGGAAGAAAUAAAGAAUCUACAAAAAAGGGAAGAAGCAAUGUUCAAUAACAUGUCUGAGGAUGUUCUGGGAGUACAUGCAGCAACUAUAGUGAGGAAAAGGAAGAAGGAGGAAGAUCCUGAGGAGCUAGCAAGGAAGUUACAGAGAGAGCAAGAACUGAAGGAAAAGUAUGAUAGGUGGGGCAAAGGCCUGAAGCAAAUGCAGGAUGAGACAGCAAGGAUUGUAGAUGCUGUACACGAGAUGAACAAACCAUUAGCUAGAUAUGCAGACGACACAGACUUAGAAAAACACUUGAAAGAACAGGAACGAGAGGGUGACCCAAUGCUUGACUACAUCAAGAAAAAGAAGAAGAAGAAAAAUAUUGAAGCAGGAAUACCAGAAAAACCAGUGUUCAUGGGAGAAUUCAUGCCCAACCGAUUUGGCAUCAGACCCGGUUAUAGAUGGGAUGGAGUAGAUCGAUCAAAUGGUUAUGAGAAAAGAUGGUUUGAAAACCAGAACAAGAAAAAAGCUCUCCAAGAAGAAGCCCAUAAAUGGAGUACUGAAGAUAUGUAAUUACGCUAUUUUUUGUACAAAUAAAACAUUUUAUUGCCGAGA